AUGCAGGGCCGCAUGGCAGGGAGCUGGGCUCUACUGGGCUUGCUCCUGGUUUGUCUUCAUCUCCCAGGUCUUUUUGCCCGAAGUAUCAGUGCAGUGGAGGAGAAACUCCCCCAAGACUUGGGGAUCAACUUGCCUCUGCUUGGACAACCUUCUUUGGCCAGGACCUCCAACUCGGAACAACCUCAGCCCAAGUCAGAUGCUGGGUCUAAUGGCUUAGCAAAGGGUCUUCUGAAGCCCAAGAUGUCUCCAUAUGAUGGCUCCCAGGCUGCAAAAGGUUUUAGUGUACAGAAUUGGCUCUCACCUGAGGGACUGCCCUCUGUGGACUCCUGGUCCCCUGAGGGUCCUUGGCCAGUGAUGCCUGCGGCAGUCGAGGACCAUCCCUGGGAUGUGCUGCUGGAAGGACUAUCUUACCUUACUAGUGCUGCUGCCCUCCCUCUGAGUAGUGGCCCUAUGCCUGAAGGUCCUUCUGCACACUUUGCAGAUGCCCCCCCGGAUGCUUCUCUCCUCCACCAGGACUCUGAGCUUAGAUGGCCACCCCGUUCUAGUCCACUGGAAGCCCAGGGGGAAGUCCCUGCCCAACACCCACUCUGCUCUCUCAUGAACAGGAUCUGUCAGUCACUUCUGCCUGGUCUCCCCUGGGGGACCCUGAAUCCUUGUGUGUCCUGGGGAAGUGGACAUCCUGGAACUGGCUGGGGGACAAGGCGCAUGCCAUCAUCCCAUGCGGGAUGCUGGGGAAUCAAUAAUCAAUACCCAGGUUCCAGCUGGGGGAAUAUCAAUCGGUAUCCAGAUGGCAGCUUGGGGAAUAGUAAUCAACAUCCAGGAGGCAGCUGGGGGAAUAUUAAUCAAUAUCCAGGGGCUACCUGGGGGAAUAUUCAUCUACCCUCAGGUAACAAUAAUCAAUUCCCUUCCAGAAUUCUCCGUCCUCCUGGCUCUUCUUGGAAUAUUCCAGCUGGCUUCCCCAGUUCUCAAGACCCUGGGUCACAGUGGGGUUAG